GGGGCGGGGGGCGGUCGCGGCCGGCCGAGCGCAGGGCGGGCGCUGCCAGUCCUCCGCCGCCUCCCCCGCGCCAGCCGCGUCCCAGCCGCCGGAGCCCGCACGGCCUCGAGGAAAAAAAAAAAAAAAAAAAAAAAAAAGCACAGCGAGAAAAAAAGCCCCGGAACGGCACGGCCCGGCCCGGCCCGGCCCGGACCCCAAGCAGCGCCAGCAGCGAGCUGAGCCACCCCCCUCCCCAUGGAGGAGCAGCCCCCUCCCCACCACCACCACCACCACCAUUACUACUACUACAGCCACCACCGCCCGCAGAGCCCCUACCUGCCGCCGCCCGACGGCCGAGCCCAGCCCAAGCCGCCGCUCCACAAGCACCCGCAGCACCAGGAGGCGCCGAAGCGGAGAACAGGCUAUGGAGAGCUAAAUGGUAACGCAGGGGAACGAGAAGUGUCGCUGAAGGGCCUGUGCUCUGAUGAAACCACCAACCCAGGAUCCAGGGUACCCAAUGGCAGCCAGCAACUCGUAGACACUAAUGUGACCCCAAAGCAGACCGUUAAGGCCGGUGCUUUGGGGAAAGCCGGAAUCAAAACCAAGAACUUCAUUCAGAAAAAUAGCAUGGACAAAAAGAAUGAGAAGUCCUACGAAAACAAGCUUAGAGAAAGUCAGUCCUCAGACAAGCCGGAGGGAGUGUCUGUCCCAAACGGCGUGGUAACCAGUAACUCUAGCUACAUCACUAAUGGCUACGUAGGCAAAGGGGCAGAUAACGAUGGUAGCGGCUCUGAGAGUGGAUAUACUACGCCUAAGAAACGGAAAGGCAGGCGCAACAGUGCCAAGGGUUGUGAGAACUUGAAUCUAGUACAGGACAAAAUAAUGCAACAGGAGGUCAGUACACCAACCUUAAAACAGGAACUGGAGAGUUUCAAGCCUGAUUAUAGUGAACAAAAGGGGAACCGAAUUGAAAAUACUAAGCCCGUUUGGAAAUACGAGGCUGGGGCUGGUGGAGCAGGCCGAGGAAAGCCUGGGCUUGGGGAUGUACAGCGAAAAAACUCUGAUGCCAAACCUGGGAUUAGCAGCAAGAAGUUUGAUGACCGGCCCAAAGGGAAGCAUGCUUCAUCAGCUACGUCUAAAGAGGACUCAUGGACCUUAUUUAAGCCACCCCCAGUUUUUCCAGUGGACAAUAGCAGUGCUAAAAUUGUUCCCAAAAUAAGUUAUGCAAGUAAAGUUAAAGAAAACCUCAACAAAGCAGCUCAAACCCCAUCCACGUCAUCGUCGUCGUCUUCGUCAUCUGCCGGGGAAACUCAGGCCCAAACAUCAAGUCGACUGUCCCAAGUCCCCAUGUCUGCUAUGAAAUCUGUGACUUCUGCUAGCUUUUCAAAUGGGCCAAUUUUAGCAGGGACUGAUGGAAAUGUAUAUUCUCCAGGGACCCAGCCACUGCUCACAACUGCUGCUAGUACUGUAACAUCAACCUCUUCUGAGUCAGUACCCCAGGACAUAAGUACAGUUUCGACAGCUCUCGAACAAAAGAAAUCUAGCCUUUUUAUCUACCCUUCAAAUAUGCAAACUGUGCUUCUGGGUACAGCGCAAGUCGACUUCCCAUCGCAGACAAAUCAGCAGAACCUGGGAGAUAUCUUCCAGAACCAGUGGGGCUUGUCGUUCAUAAACGAGCCAAGCGCUGGCCCUGAAACUGUUGUGGGGAAAUCUGCGGAUAAUCAGUUAAUGGAAGUGACAUUUCAAGGGGAAUAUCCUGCCACUUUGGUUUCACAGUGUGCUGAAAUCAUUCCCUCAGGAACUGAACAACCUGUGUUUCCUAAGGCUUACGAGCUGGAUAAACGGACUAGCCCUCCAAUUCUUAGCGCUAUUCUUAAGCCUGGGACUGCUGUCGAGGGUGGUGUAGCUUUGGAGUCGCAUCACGCCGGUGACCUGCAAAAGGCAGACACCGGUAGCCAAGGUGCUUUAGUGUUUCUUUCAAAAGACUAUGAAGUAGAGAAUCCUCUGGCCUCUCCCACGAACAAUUUGUUAGCCUCCGCCAAAGAACAGGGGUACCAGAGAGGCCUAGAAAGGAAAGAUAGCUGGGGUUCUUUUGACCUGAGUGCUGCUGUUAAAUAUCACACUAAAGAAAUGGAAUUGAUUUGGAAUUUGCAGAAGCAAGAUCCCAAAAGGAUAAUCACCUACGAUGAAGCCAUGGAUCACCCGGAUCAAUGAAGGUAGCAAGACAAGACUGCCUGUUAUAACCUUUCUGCAGCACUCGUGCUGUUCGUGGGGGACAAAAGGCUUUUAUGCUCCUUCUAAAUCUUCAGUGCAGCAGAGGAACCAUAACUAGAAUCACAGGAUAAUAUAUACAAAUAUAUAAUAUAGUUAUUUAAAAAUGGCGACUGAAAGUAAUUAGACUUCAUAAGGAAUCUGAAAAUUUAUUUCAACGAGACUACACACGUGAUUAUUUAAUCUCCGGUACUGAAUAGAUUUUUUUUCUUUUUUUUGUUUUGUUUUUGUUUAAAGAGUGAAUGCAAGUGAUUAACAAACACAGACUCGAUUUACAAGCCCAGUUCUAAAGUUCCUGCUGUCGUCUACAUGGGCAACAGCAACCCACUGGAGAGGCAUUUCCACUUGACAAGGUUUCUGUUUCUUGUUCUGUGACUGUAGUGACACACUAAUCACAGGGAAAUCAGGAUGAUUCACCAUCCUUCAUCUCCCCUUUCCCUUCCACCUCCCCCCCUUUUUUUUCCUGUUUUGUUUUCCAUUGAAUGCUGGAGAAACACCUUGAAGUUUGCAGAGUUUUUUUUUUUUUUUUUCCAGAGAAUUAUAACACAGGUUUUUGCCAGGAGUAAAGCAGCCAGUCCUAUUUUGGGAAAAUUGUCUUAAAGCAUCGCUCUUCUGGGGGAAAGAUGGUAAUACUGCAGUCCUAGGAUGCAUGGUGAAGUCACACAGUUGACCUGGCUCCGGUUACACGUUGGACUAUUGCAACUGAAGAGUUGUUUCAUUUUAAAAGACAACAUGGAAAACUAAAUAAUUGGUUUAGGCAUUUAAUAUGGUUUAAAAAAAAUACAAAACAAAAAAAAAAAAACAACAAACACCACUGUUCCCACAGGUUAAUGCCAUUGUAUUACUGGGAGCAAAAACAAAAAAAAAUCUCUUGCUUUCAACGUAGGUGCUUCGUACUUGCUCUGUCUCCUAACACUACGUGUGCUGGAUUUUUUUUCCCAUUUUCAUUGAAAAACUAAAGUGGAAUUGAGUUCUGCUAACGCUCACCCUUCUUUAAUUAUUUUUUCUCUUAAAAAAUUGAAAAAAAAAAAGGAGGAAAAAAAAACACAAAAAUUUUAAAAAGAAAAAAAAAAAAAGAAAAAGAAAAAUGGGAACUUGAAUCCUUUUCGAUUUGUCUGUAGAUCACCGAUGGCUGGGCUCCCCGCACCUGCCCGUUGGAAACGCUCUUUUAUAUUUUAACGCAGUCUGUGUAUUUCCGGGCUCUGCUUCUAAUUAUCUCUUAAUAAAAAUAUAUUUUAUUACAAAAACGGAGGGCUUAGGAAUGAAAAUAAUAAUAAUUUAAAAAAAAAAAAAUCCGAAAGAAAGGAGAGCUUUCUAGCAGUGGUAGAGAAGGCUGCUCAGCCUGCAGGCUCCAGCUGUGUAACCCGCUCUGUCCCGUUGCAGCUUGUGUGUGGCACGUCCAAACCGUCUGGGGGCUGUGUGGUUCUCGUGGGGGGGCUCCCGGUGGGAGGAUCGCAGGGUCCAACGCAAGAGCCAGCAGAGAAUAAUCCUGAAAGCAACCCCGAGGGGUUUCUGGCCCCUCUGAGCUCAGCGCCAGCUCGCGUGUGCCUGGGCACCCAGCUCAGCAGAGGUGCUGAAUCCUCCGAUGAGGCUGGAUCCUCUGGGGCAUUACAGGAAGCAGAGAAGCCCAAACCUUUUGCCUACCCCUCGUGCUUAGGUUUAUCCACUUUCCUUUUUUUUUUUUUUUGUUAACGACGAGUAUGUAGCAUGCAUUUUUAAUUGUUUUUGUCCUUUUAAUGAGAUUGUUCCUGGAUGAAGCGCUUAGGUUCACGGUGGGACAACGAAACUUAAUUCUGUACCUUUUGUAAGAUUGCUAGCUUUCUGCAAUGCUUAGUUUUAAAAGUUUGACUAUGGAUUGCCUACUCCAUUUUAUGUAUUAAGUGCUAUAUAGUAUAAUACCCUCGUAUGAUACUAUAUAGUAGCGAUGUAUUGUAUCAGUCCAAGCUCAGAAAUUUGUGGUUGGCCAGUCGCUGAUAGUUCUGUUUCACCUAUAAACUGUAUCACCCUUGCAGGUGUGUGUAACUUGCAGAUGUACAACAUGUUUACAGAUGUGCCCUACAUCUAGUCCUCCUGCGUUCCUAUUUUUACUUCUGUCGAGUCUCCCAACUGCUUGCCAAAAGUCGGAAUCGCCUCCCGCUCCCCUGCGAAAGAGCUGGGGCGUUCCUGAGCUUUAAGGUGUUGAACAAACUGGACAACGGGGCUGGUGGGAGGGGUAAGGGAGAAGAAAUCUUUUUUUAUUAUUAGUAUUUUCAGAAUGAAAAAAAGUGUUGAAGGCUGAUAGCAAAGUUUCCAGUUUGUUUUACUGGCUUUAAGGCUCUGCUGUGUAUUUAUUUGCCUUGUGUAGUCACUUGUCGCCUUAAGGGCUGGGUUCCAUUACAAAAAAAAAAAAAAAAAAAAAGACAAAACCAAGACCUAUUUUGCUCCCCCGGGGGUCUGAGCUGUCCUGGUACCCUGCCCCGGCUAGGAGCUCUGAAGGAAGCACGGUGCACACGAUGGGUGGGUUCGCUGGUCCCCGACGUCCGUCCCCGCUGCUCUGUCUCGCGGCCGCGUGGCCCCGUGCCGGCCGUACCCAUGUAGAGACGCCUCCUCCACUGUGUCUCUGAACAUCCCCUCUUCAAACACCCGUCUGUCUGUCUGUCUGCACGAGCUCCUCGGCACGUGCUCAGCACUACGUGGUUAGGAAAUCCUCUUUCCGAGCUCUCGCGGUUGCAGCCCGCCGCCGAAGGCAGGGCAGGUUUGGUUAGGUAGUGCCCGGAGCCAGGCAGGACCGUGGAAGAAGCUUUCUCUGUGCUUUGUGUAACUCGCCCUGUCCGUCUGCAGUCCUCCCCAAGUCCUCACACAAUUCCUUACUGAGCACUUAUUAAAAAUAUCUUAAGAUUUAAUCCGUUUUCUGAUUAUUUUUGUGUAAACUUAUAAAAAAAAAAAAAGUUAAAAUUGAGCUGUGACUAAUUUUAGCGCAUUGAAUUAAUGCUAAGGUGUACCUGAUCGGUCUCGUGGUUUGUUUGUUGGACUCAGAGUAUUAGUACUGUAGCAUAAACCAAAAACAGCCCGCAGGGGGUGCGCAGCCCCCUCCGCGGGGCUGGGCGCGGCGGCGUCCGCGGCGCGAGGAGAAGGAGCGUGUGUUUAUGGUGCCAUUGCUUUCGUUACGCUGAGCUGAGGAAGUUCAAAACAAAACCCCUUGAAUGUGUGUAGCGCUGGGAAGUGGCUCUAAGGGUGAAAUCACGACCUAUUUUUGUAAUGGCUACGAACUAAUUCAGGUUAAGGCUUCUUUCACCUUUCUGUUCUCGUUGGAGGCGCUACGCGUCCCUUUCCGCCCGGUUCCCCCUUUUUUUGGCUUCUUAUUUAUUUGAGUAGUGAUUCCUGCCCGAGACAGGGGACGUGCGGAUGCGUGGGCGUCCCUGCGGCGCUGCUUUCUCCUCUGGACAGAGGCUUGGUCUUUCCUCACCUCUCCUGCCUCCCCGGCAGGUCCUGUAGGGUGUCUUUUGGGGUCUCGUGUACCCGAGGCUCGGGCACGUGCUUUCUUGGCGGGUCGGGGAGCGCUUGGUCUGCUUCCAGAAGCUGCUCUGUGCUCUCCUCCCCCAGCAGAGGUGGUGCAGAGGAAGGUCCUCCAAGCCCCUCAGUCCCCUCUUCUGGGCCUGUUUGCCAGGUCUUCAGCUUUCGAGGUCUGGUUGCGUUUGGUUUUGUUCUAAACCCAUCUGCAAAACCCAUUUCGGAAAUCUCCGAUUUCAGAAAUCUCUCCGGUAACGUGUAGCUCCAGCGUGUGCUUUCUGGUGCUCACCCGCUUCAACCCAUUGCCCUUUCUGAACCGCCAGCCCCGCUGUUUGCCUUCCCUCGCUGCUGUGAACUUCUUUUAAAUGUGAAUUUUCUUUUAAAAGAAAAUUCUCUCUGGGUUGUGAGCACGCCAGCUAUUUGACGGCCAGGGGUCGGUAACAGGGAGAGCCGGCUAGCUGAAUCAGAAGGGAAAUCACUUCCUGCUUGGAACAAAAUUUAGAGAUGGAAUUUGUCAUCUGAGCUGUGUGUGUACUUAGUGCUUUUCACCUUAAAAGAGAGCAUCACCUCAGCACGACAGCGUCCUUUCCAGAAGAGGCUGGCGGGUGACUGCGGGAGCACCUCGGGCUGAUUUCGGGACUGCUCAUACGCAGCCGGUAGCUUUCCCCUGCAUCCAGUUUUUGCUCUUGAUUCAGCAUUUUCAGUGAAUUGCCAAGGUGUCCGGAGCUUUCAGGAGUCUUGUCCCUAGAAGAUCUUUCUGUAUGUAUGUGUGUAGUGAUUUGUUUUCCAUGCAGAGGCUGUUUACAAGGGAGAUGAUUAAGGUCAAGAGGGGAGAGAACGAGGCCAGCCGUAAUUUAAAGCUGCUACAAAAUUUCGCCCGGGUGCAGAAGGCGGAGGAGGUCUGAGGCUGGGAGACUGCUGGCGUGAGGAAGGAGCGAGGGUAAUUCUGGCUUCGGCCACCACGAGGACGAGGUGUGUUCCUGCCUUUCCUUGUGAAAAAGCCCCAGCGCAGGCAGCCGAGAGCCGCGAGUCUGGACUCGGCGCGCAGGAGCGGAAGAUCUCGGUCUCCUCUGCCGGCUGCGCUGCCUUCCAGAGCUUACAGAGCUUUAGAAAUUUGCACAAUACGUAUCACACCACAGGGUAAGGCUGGCUUCCUUGUAUCCUGCUGGAGGUCCUCGUGAGUAGCAUCGCUUGGCAGCGCGGUGCCAGGAGAUGCGGGAGCGCUGCGCGCGGCCGCCCCUCGGUCUGCUCCAGGAACAAAAGUCGUUACCCGUGCUUUCACCAGGGGAUGCUGACCUGUAUUUAUCUUGACUGUUAAUCAGAAAGCUUCAUUACGGCAUGUCCAGAGCUCUAAAGCCAUUUUGUAAGAUAGCAGUAUCCCUUUUCUACAGCCUUAUUAAUGAGUAGAGUAUCUUUAAAAGAAAAAGAAAAAAAAAAAAACUAGUUCAUUUCUUUCUGUGGUAUGAAACUCGUGUACUGCGAACAUAUGAACGUUUAGCAAAAAUAAAACUUACAGUUUUCUUAAAAAACAAACAAACAAAAAAAAAACAACAAAAAAACUGUCUGCUUUCCAUACAGUCUUUCCUCAGGUGCUAAAUAAGGGUUCCAAAAAUGGAUACUGCUUUAGGAGUUUCUGCUUUAUUCUUAAAAUACAUAUUUUUUUGCUUAGGUGUUGUAAAGAUAUUUUAACAAGAAUGUUUUUUUUAAUGUAAAUAAGAUUAUGCGUCUUUAAUUUUUUUGUUUUAUCUCCUUUUUGUCUAUAUUAAAUAGUCUAAUUUUCAUUUUAUCCUUUUGAGAAGGACCCUCUUGUGACCUUCCUCGAAGACAUUUCAUUGAGUGUUGCUGCAUUUAAGAAUGAAUCUACAACUGUUCAUGUCUUGGAUUAAUGCUGCUGCUGCUAUAAGUAACCCUGAAAAUCAAGAAUGUGUGAUGCACUUUUUUACAUGACCAUGUAGUUCCUCUGAGGAUAGUUGAACCCUCCUGUAACACAGCCACUAACUGCGGGGAGCUGGGAGCUGGGGUGUCGGAGAGGGCUGUACCUGAUCCUGGUGCUGACCUACGGGAAUUUCUAUGCAAACGCAAGCAAAAGGAGAACUCUUAACUUGAAAGAACACUGUGCAUUUUUUUUUUCUCUCCUUCCUUUUCUCAAGCUGCUAUUGGAAGGGCAGUGCAAAUCCCCGAGGUUUCCACCUUCUCCUUCCUCGAUGGCUGGCGGUGCGGGAAAGAUGCCUGAGUAUUUGUGAGGUCAAAAAUCUCAAUGAGCUAUUGUCUCGUCUCCGCUUUGAAUAUUUUUUCUAUUUGAAUAGAUCUUUGGAAGGAAAUUGCUCAUCUCUGGAAAAAAAAAAAAAAAAGAAAAAAAAUUAAUACUUUAUCUCAAUGUGAAGUUAACCAGCAGUAUUAAAAAUCGCACGGCCUCCUUCCUGCCUGGCUGCCUCCCCGAGGCUGGCGCCGUGUCCCAUGUCCUCCCCUGCUGCAGCCUGAAGGCAUGUGGCACGAGAGGAAGGGCCCUGGGGCGCUGCCACGGGGCGUAGGUGGCUCCAGGACCUCUUCUUCCCCAUAGGUGAUACCCAGGCCGCCAGGGGUGGCAGGGAGGUUUGCACACCGCGGAGAAAGAGUUUGCUGGAGAAGAUAGAAUUGACUAUCUAUAGAAGAUCCUUUAAAAAAAAAUCUCAGUAAAGUGAGGGAAGGUCUAAAGUUGUGUAGGAAAAAUGCUUUGGGAUUACAACUGCCUGGAAAAUAGUGUAUAAAUGCCGUAGACCACAAUUCCCCGCCUGCUUAAUUAGUUUAUCCAGCAUCAUCUUUUGGCCAGCGUUUGCUCUUUUACACACAUGCGUGUGUGUCCAUAUCCUGAACGUGCCUUGCGUGUGUGCUCGGUCUGUCUAAACAGACCUUGCAGUGGCUCGUGAGCUACCGCAGGGCGCUGCGUCGGAGAGCCGGGCUGCUCGCUCGCAAGUCCCCUAAUUGUGCCCCAUCUCCCCUAACCAAACCCCAUCUCCCAUAACCAAGCCCCAUCUCCAGUCGGGGAGCGGUCGUUGUCCCUGUGGCCCAUCGGGUCUGCGGUCGAAACGAGGCUUUGAAGCCAGUCUGGAUAGUGGCUGUCUUACAGUUUGGGGAAAAUGUCCUAUGGGAUGGCACCUUUCCUUUCCUAACAUGACCUGUUUUCUGCGACUUUUGAGGGGAGUGGGGGUGAGAGAAAGAAUCUGCUUUGCUGUUCUCCUGCAGACAGAAAUAAGCGUUGCAGUGCUUUGCCUGCAGAGCAAAACCAGGUGAAGGUCCAGAGCCAGCGCCACUCUGGAACUGGGGGUUCUCUGCAACAGCCGGGAUUCCCAUUGCCCAGGGGAUUUAUUCCCUUCCAGGCUGUGGUUCUUGUUACUGUGGGUUUUUUAAGUUUUUUUUUUUUUUUUUUUUUGUAAAGGAAAAGUAAACAUGCCUUGCUUACAGUUAACAAAGUAGAAAUGCUUAUGUUUGCAGUCAGUGACUCAGAAUAUGAAGCUGUGCAAUUCUUGUUUCUUCAUCUCUCUCUCUCUCCUCACCCGUCCGUGUGAUUUCUGUUAGUCUUUCCGUACUUCUGCCACUGUAAAUGUGAAAGCUUGCUUGCAUUAUUUUUUAGAAAUGCAUUUUGCACACUCGGGUUUCGCUGAAGCUCCGUGAAAAGGUUAGUUUGAAGCAGAUGAAUAAAGCUAUGCACAUGUUUUGAAAGUUUAAUUUGUGUCUCAUUACCAGAAGUGACUUAUCUGCCCUCUUUUGCAUUCCUGUGCUGUCAUUGCCUACAUUAUCUUCACCAUCUCGGAGGGUAUGAUGUAAGGUGACAGUUCUUUGCUGACAGCUGUAGCAGAAAACUGGCGCUUCUUGAUUUUUUAGUAGCCUCUCUCUCCUUUGCUUUCUCUGUCUCUCUCUCUCUCUCUCUCUCUCUGUAUAUCUAUAUAAAUAUAUAUAUUAUUUUUUUAUUUUAAAGAGCCUACUUUAGUAAUUGGAGGGAGAGGGGUGAGCUGGCUUGUUUCGGAUACACUUUGUGCUGUUGGAUGAACGAGUGCCCUUUUUUCUCUGGUCGGGAGCGCGGUGGCCGUACCUGCGCCGGCCGUGCUCUCGUGCCACGCGAAGCAGCUUGGCGGAGGGGAUGGAGAUCUGCCCGCCACGUUCGCCGCUGGGCAGGCUGGUGGCACGGGCAAACUUGAGGCUUCUAACAGCAAAAUAACCGAAGAGAAACUCUACCGUUUUGUAUUCCCACUGUGAGCGAGAGGGACAGGCUUCCUCGCUGUCCCGCUGUGGGUGUGUGUGCGCGGGGUGCGUGCGGUUUGUAGCAGCUGGAGCGGAGCAGGGGCUCCCUCCGGUCUGCGGGGUGAGAGCUUUAUUUUGGCUUUGUUUUCAUGAGUUAUGUGCGUUGGGUUGCAGGUGCCCCCUUUGAAAACUUGUUGCAUAGCCCAGAGCCUUUGUGCAGAGGCGUCUGGAUUUUGUGACGGGAGAAGGACCCCGACAGCUUUCUCCCCGUGUUCCCUUCACCAUGGCAGAAAUUUGUACUAACUUGACAGCUUUUUUUUUCAUACAGAACAGGGCUGCUUUUCUAUCUACCAUCACACGUGUACUUACACACCUUCAGUGGCUCGCAAGCCUCUGAAGGUCCUCGACUUGUUUACUCGGGGGAUGGAUGCCCCUCUCUCCCCCUCCCCGAAUACUUCAGUGUUAAUAGCGGUGCGAAACACCACCGCACGCUUCAACUCCGCACUGGGCUGGAGAGCUCUCUCCAGGCACACCCGCAGGAGCAGGGCACGGCUCUCCUGGGCAGGAACCCUCUACUCCUGCCCUGCCGAUAGUUCUCAUUUCCUUCAGUUCCCUGGUGUGUAUUAAAAUCGCCGCGAGGGGUUGUGCUCUACCUGCUCAGGAGCUGAAUUACCUCUGACCUGCGGAGAGGGGCAGCCCCUCUUUGUCGUCGAUGUUGUAGUGUGCAACCACACGAAACAGGAAAGGUCGGUUUUGUUUUCUUCUCCCCUUCCUGGUAUUUCUGAAUAGGUUAAUGCACUCUGUGUGCCCAGCUGAAAAAGUAGGCGUUUUCCCGAUCGUGAGAGGGUGGCUAGAAGAGUUAGUGUAAUACCUGCUGUAGCUGUGUCUGGCGCAGCCCGCUGCGCUGGUAUGGGUGAUGUCACGGACUGUAAGGAUAGGUAAUGUCCAUGAGCUGUAAUGGCAUGAUGUAUCUUUACCAAUGAUGUCAUACUUCACACUAAAUGUUUAA